CUGACGUUGGACACGCAGAGCUUGAGUGUCCUCAGUGCCCGUAGCUCCGAAGUCCAGCACGCAUGCGUAGUUCCCACGGAUGGGGUGCGUUCUUAGCCUGGCGGCGGCGGUAGGAGCGGUGGCAGUGGUCCUGGCCCUGCGGCUGUGGCUCGUGCUUCACUCUCGGGUCGUUGUACCCCGGGAGUCUGUCAGUCUCAUGGCGGUGGCCGGGUCGGGUGGGCAUACCACUGAGCUGCUGAGGCUGCUGGAGCACCUGUCCAGUGCUUACUCUCCCAGGCAUUAUGUCAUUGCUGACACGGAUGACAUCAGUGCCCGGAAAAUACAUGCUUUUGAACUAAAUCGAGCUGAUAGAGACCCCAGUAACAUGGCGCCCGGGCACCACAUCCACCGAAUCCCCCGGAGCCGCGAGGUGCAGCAGUCCUGGCUGUCCACGGUGCUCAGCACCCUGCACGCCGCCUGGCUGGCCCUCCCCCUGACCUACCGCGUGAAGCCGGACUUGGUGCUGUGCAACGGGCCAGGGACCUGUGUCCCCGUCUGUGCUUCGGCCCUUCUGCUCGGGGUCCUGGGCAUUAAGAGAGUGACCAUCGUCUAUGUGGAGAGCAUCUGCCGCGUGGAGCACCUGUCCCUGUCUGGGAAGAUUCUGCAGCACUUCUGUGACCACUUUGUUGUGCAGUGGCCGCCGCUGAAGAAGAAGUAUCCCAAGUCUGUGUACCUCGGGCGGCUUGUGUGAUGAGGUGACAGAUUUCUGUGUGGUUCUGCAGCCCACCUCACCCACCUGUGCCCUGUGAGCCUUCUGACAGCCCGAGAGCUGCUGGCCGCCGGGUGCAGACAG